CCCAUGAGCUCAAGGCAGUCUACCACUGCAGGCACAAUGAAAGCCUUUAGAGGAAAGCUACACCUUCCUAUCAUCAUGGUCUGUUCCAUUGCCGUGAUCAGUCUUUUGUAUACUGAAAGGAUCAGUAUUCUUCUUUCUUCCAAUCCUUUUUUCAAGCAUAAAUCCUGUUCCAGAAGAGUAGCAUCUGUCACAAAAAAGAAUGAUAGAAAUGCUACUGAGGAAAAGAUAGAUGCUUCAAUUGUAGAUGAUAGGUUUGUGUUCGACCCAGAGGAGUGUAACGUUGAGAAUGGAAAAUGGGUGUUCAACCGUUCUAUCAAGCCUUUUUACUCGGACAGAAGUUGUCCAUAUCUUGAUAGGCAAGUCUCUUGUGUCAAAAAUGGAAGACCCGAUUCUGACUACCGCCGCUGGGAAUGGCAGCCUGAAGAUUGCACAUUGCCUAGAUUUAAUCCAGAAUUCAUGCUUGAGAAACUUCGUAAUAAGAGGCUAAUGUUUGUUGGAGAUUCUUUGCAAAGAGGUCAAUGGCAAUCUUUAGUCUGUAUGGUUGAAUCCAUCAUACCUCAAGACAAACAGUCCAUGCGCCGGGGGCGCGCUCUUUCAGUCUUCAGGGCCAAAGAGUACAAUGCUACAAUUGAAUUUUACUGGGAUCCAUUUCUGGUAGAGUCCAAUUCUGACAUCCACAUAGUUGGAAAUCCAAGGGAAAGAAUACUAAAAGUGGAUUCAGUUGACAAGCAUGCCAAGCACUGGAAUGGAGUUGAUAUUCUUGUCUUCAAUACUUAUGUUUGGUGGAUGAGCGGCUAUACAAUCAAGUCAUACUGGGGUUCAUUUCCAAAUGGGGAAGAAGGAUAUGAAGAGUUGGAAGCAGUAGUUGCAUACAGAAUAGCAUUGAAGACAUGGGCCAACUGGGUCGACACAAAUAUCAAUCCAAACCAGACUCGUGUCUUCUUCACUACCAUGUCUCCCACACACAUGAGGAGUGCAGACUGGAACAAUCCAGAAGGGAUGAAAUGCUUCAAUGAAACAAAGCCUUACAUGAAAAAGGGAUUCUGGAGUACUGGUGCUGAUAAGAGGAUCAUGCGUGUGGUGGUCGAAGUAAUAAAGAAAAUGAAAGUUCCGGUUUCAGUUCUUAACAUAACACAGAUGUCAGAUUACCGGGUUGACGCUCACACAAAAGUUUAUACUGAGACUGGAGGUAAACUGCUAACUGAUGAGCAGAAGGCCGAUGUGCUACACAACUCAGAUUGUAUACACUGGUGUCUGCCAGGAGUUCCGGAUACAUGGAAUCAAAUUUUUUUGGCAAAUUUGUAGCCACUUGAUAUGUUGAAAGUAUCAUACAUAUUUCUUUCU